AUGAGCCCCGUCAACGAACAGACAGGCUCUGGCACCAUACGUCGCCAUUUAUUCUCGCUAUCAUCGGUCUUCCGCCCCCAGGCAAGCAAGCGAGCUAGCAUAGCUAAUGCUGUGCAGGAAGAGCCAACCUGCCAAGAAAGGAUCCAUUACCCUGUGUUUAAUCCCCUAGAUCCUCGUCACAACCCAGAGAUAGCGAACCUGACGUGGCGUUCCCACGAGCAACAUAGUUCGUCUUUGGAAUCGCGCAGUCCGCUGGCAUGGGUCCAAUCCAUCUCAAAGCGAUCUCUCCACAAAGCACGAUCAGGUCUAUUGGCGCUGAGAUCAGGGUUUAGGCACCGUUCAACUGAUGAAGACAACCCCGAGAAGAGCUUUGUUACCCCCGUUGCUCUCAGGCGCGAAAGACAACACCGCGGGUUUUCAUGCGGGGCGUACACUUCGGAUACACAAGAGGACCUGGCCUUUGGAGCCGAACUAUCUCGUAUGAGUCUUCUACCGUCUUCUCCAUCGUCCAAAACCGAAGUGGGGUCUGUUAUCCGCGUCCCGUCUAUUAAUUCGAUACAUGGCUCGUUCACGACACUUCCCGCACCUGCAUCUGCGCCCAAACUCUACCAACCCCCCAGCCGAGCUGUAAGUAAUUCGGGGAUGAACUCGACUUAUACACUAGCCAACGACCAUGAUCUUGACUUCCAAUUUGCUGGAACCGGAGAGUUGGAGGCAAAUAUGAAUUCUGAGGACCACUCUACUCACACCACGCCAUCGACAGAACACCAUUUGAUGCAGCAGAUAUGGGGCGUUGCAUUCUCUACUGAUGAAGAGAUUAAAACGUCCGCCCACGGACUGGCAGAUUCUCAGUCAGUUCGUGGAGAGCAGCAAGAAACAAAUCUUCAGCAGCAAAAUAUCAGUCAUGCAAGUUCGGAUACACAGAUCAGCGAUGAUCAACCAAGCCCAGUUCCCAUUUCGAGACAGUGUUCCGCUGAAGUUGGGUUUGCAUUUCCAGGAAUCUAUCAUGAGGCGCUAAAUGAGUGGACGAGACAACAGGAUAGUCCCAGCCCCAGUCAGCAAGUUCCCAAUAUCAGUCCACACAGUCCCAACCUCAGUGAAUACUGCCCCAAUACCACUCAACACAGUUCUAGUUCUAGUCAACACGGUCCCAACCACAGUCAACAACACAGCCGUGUGCUCUAUGAACAAGAAGAAAGCACAUGCGCUUCUCAAGAGCCACUCGAAUGCAUUGUGCUUCAGGAUGAUACACACAGCAACCUGCCUUCAUAUCAUGAAUACGAUGAAAGUCUCAUACCCUUGGUACCCCCGCAAACCCCAAUCACCCAUUCUGAAGAGAUGCAGCCAUUUUCUUAUCCUAAUCCCCUCAACUGCAUCUCCAACCGCAAUUUUGGCCAAAGAUGGUCGUCUAUUUCCGAAAGAGCAACCACACAAUGGUCAAGUGUUGAGGAUUAUUCAAUCCGCUACACACCCGCCAAUACCACAUCGCGAGAUAUCACAUCAACGGAAAUGACUUCCAUGGAAUCAAUGACAAAUGAUACAUGGUCUCCAUGGUCCCCAAUCGACUCUGAGGUUCUUUUUCCCAGCCCAGUGGAGGAUCGAAAUGAGUAUUUCCCUAUUGACGGCAAAACGUGCAACCAGUAUCCCGACAGAGGCAAUGAGCCAGUUAAAUAUGCACAGCAUACCACCAGCAACUGUGGUAAUACCAGAGCACCUCAAGAACUAACUGAGGUAAUCUCUCCAGGGACCAUGUCCCUACCGCUCAUACCUGAUGGAAUGCUCGGUGCAGGAUUGGACUUUGUGGAAGAGGAUACGGACGAUGAGUUUUAUCCUGGAAUUGUGCAGCCAAGACAGUUUUGGUGA